AUGCUGGGUACGAUGAUGUACCCGGGCGAUGACGCCGAAAUUGGCGACAUGCGCGUCCCACCGAUACAACUGGAACACCUGCCAGAAGUGUUCCUCUCCAGUAUCCCGAAGUGCGGAGGCUGCCACGAGAUGAUCGUGGACCGGUACGUGCUAAAGGUGUCAGACCGCACGUGGCAUGCUGGGUGCCUGAGAUGCGUCGAGUGCCGAGCGAUGCUCUCCGGAAAGUGCUUCGCGAGGAACAACCAGCUGUAUUGCACAGAAGACUUCUUCAAGCGGUUCGGCACUAAGUGCGCGGGCUGCGGGCAGGGUAUCCCGCCGACGCAGGUGGUGCGCCGCGCCCAGUCCCACGUGUACCACAUGCGGUGCUUCGCGUGCGCGGCCUGUGCGAGGACGCUCAACACGGGCGACGAGUUCUACCUGAUGGAAGACGGCAAGCUCGUCUGCAAGCCGGAUUACGAGGCGGCCAGGGCUAAAGGCGGCGAGGGCUCGCUGGACGGCGACGCAGCGAGCAAACGGCCGCGCACCACCAUCACCGCCAAGCAGCUGGAGACGUUGAAGAGCGCAUAUAGCAGCAGUCCAAAGCCAGCUCGUCACGUGCGCGAACAACUGGCACAGGACACCGGCCUCGAUAUGCGCGUCGUGCAAGUCUGGUUCCAGAACCGUCGUGCGAAAGAGAAGCGAUUGAAGAAAGACGCAGGUCGCACGCGAUGGUCACAAUACUUCAGGUCUAUGAAGAGUUCUGGCGGUGGUUCACCUCGACACGACCGCCUACUUGAUAAAGACGAGUUGAAGAUUGACCUAGAUUCGUUUAGCCACCAUGAUCUGAGCAAUGACAGCUACAGCACGGUGGCCUUGGGCGGGGAGGAAGGAUCUCCUGCGGGCGGUGGGGCGGCUUCGGCGGGCGCACGUUUUGGCGCAACGCCGCCAUAUUUGCGAGCACACUCGCCCCCGCAUGCUCACUACCACUACCCGCCCGACCACCUUGUGUAUACUAAUAUAGGACAAGCUAUGAGCGGGACGGGGAUUGGUGGUGGCGCGGGGGGUGCUUCCGACAUGAGCAGCUCGUCCUCGCCCGCGGCGGGUGGUUACCCAGACUUUCCGCCUUCACCGGACUCGUGGUUAGGAGAGGCUCAUCACUACUCCCCGCGGGGCUUCCCC